CUGGGUUUGGACUGUUGUGAGACAGAUGUGAGAUGGUCUGGACCACUGAAAAAAGGCAGCGUCCCUGCAGAACCACUCUCAAACUGCUCAAGAACCUCACCUCACCUGAAGAAAUAUGCAGGCCAAGGAAUACAAUCGCAGAGGUAAGGAGUUGGUGGACUACAUCACAAAGUACCUGGGCUCCAUCCGAGAGAGAAGAGUGAUUCCAGAUGUAAAACCAGGUUACAUGAAGGCACUUCUCCCAGACAGUGCACCCACAGAGCCUGAAGACUGGGAGAGAAUCUUUGACGACAUUGAGAAGGUCAUCAUGCCGGGAAUGGUUCACUGGCAGAGUCCUUACAUGCACGCCUACUACCCCAGUCUGACGUCAUGGCCCUCAAUGCUGGGGGACAUGUUGGCUGACGCCAUCAACUGUGUCGGCUUCACAUGGGCAUCCAGUCCUGCAUGCACGGAGUUGGAAAUGAAUGUGAUGGACUGGCUUUGUAAAGCCUUAGGGCUUCCUCACUUCUUCCUCCAUCACCACUCCGAGAGCAGGGGAGGAGGUAUAUUACAGAGCACAGUCAGCGAAGGCACACUGGUAGCUUUGUUGGCAGCCAGGAAGGACAAAAUUCUGCAGCUGCGGGCCGAGCUGGAUCAGGACAUGGAUGACUCUGUCCUCAAUUCAACACUAGUGGCUUACGCUUCUGAUCAGGCCCACUCCUCGGUGGAGAAGGCGGGUCAGAUCUCUCUGGUGAAAAUACGAUUUCUUCCCACGGAUGAGCAUCUGUCCCUCAGAGGACAGACGUUGAAACAAGCAAUACAAGAGGACAGGAGGAGAGGACUGGUCCCUUUUCUGCUGUGCGCCACUUUGGGAACUACAGGAGUUUGUGCCUUUGACAAGCUCUCUGAACUGGGACCAGUGUGUGCAGAAGAGGGACUGUGGCUCCAUGUGGAUGCUGCGUAUGCUGGCUCCGCCUAUUUCUGUCCAGAGCUGCGCUGGUCCCUCGAAGGCAUCGAAUUUGCAGACUCGUUCGUCUUCAACCCAUCGAAAUGGAUGAUGGUUCAUUUUGACUGCACAGCUUUUUGGGUAAAAGACAGACUGAAACUCCAACAGACGUUCAGUGUCGACCCAAUUUAUCUCAAACACGACAACUCACAAACAGCCACAGACUUCAUGAACUGGCAAAUUCCCCUCAGUCGCCGUUUCCGCUCCCUCAAGCUUUGGUUUGUCAUGCGCUCAUUUGGACUGAAAAACCUCCAGGCACAUAUUCGACAUGGUAUUGAGAUGGCAAAGCUCCUAGAGUCUCUGAUAAGGAGUGACCCACAUUUUGACAUUCCUGCAAAGAGAUACCUUGGCCUGGUUGUCUUCUGUCUCAAAGGCGGUAAUGCUUUAACCCAGGAACUGCUGAGAAGACUGACACACUCUGGUGCCAUAUACCUCAUUCCUGCGGACAUUCACACUAAACGCAUCCUUCGAUUUACCGUGACCUCACAGUUCACCACAGCAGAAGACAUCCGGAGGGACUGGGACAUUAUCUCCAAAAUAGCUUCCAAUCUCCUAGCUGAGACACGUGCCCCUGAUUAUGUAAAGUUAAAAGACGGGGUAAAAAGAGAUGAAGAGAAGCAAGAUGCUAUACCCGAGAAGGCUGAGGAGACAGCCCCCAGGAUGGACAAAGCCCAAGUGGAGCUUUGGAUUGACAAGGCUUGGAAUAGGUCUAGGAGGCCAAUGCGCUCUCUUAGCUGCAACAGUGAGCCUUUGCCAUACAAUUACCCCGGUCUCAAAUCCGGCUAUGCCUUUGAGAAAAGACUAAGCCCUCAAGAUGAAGCCGCCAUGCUCCCAACAUCAGUAACAGCGGGAGACGGUGACACAGUAAAGAUGGCAGAGAUGUCUGCAAAUAUUGUGGGAAAACAAGCCAUGAAAAAGCUCACCAAGUUCUACAGUGUUCCAAGUUUCUGCAAUCAGUGGGCACAGGGUAGUCGCCACCAGUUGUGCUGCUCUCUGAAAGUGUCUCAGGCUCCAAAACACUUGACCUCCACUUGCAGGAGAAUAAACUGUAUCCCUUCCCCCCCUAAAACCAACACAGAUGCCACCCCUCCACCAAUAGACACUACUCCUGUGCCCAAACUCCUUUAAACAUGCUCAGUCUGCAUGCACUUAAUCAGCGCUUAAAUCGGAUUGGAAGAGAAUAUCACAAACUGGGAGCUUUGAAAACAUGUUAAAAACAAAGGACGCUUGCACUACAUCAUUCUCAAACAUGACCAAACCAGGACAUUGUGUGCUUUGAAAUGAACUGAAAAAGUGUUCCGCUCUAUGUAAAGGCUUCGUAAUCAGUUUCACAGCUACUAAAGUGAUUCACAGUUUGAUUCUUCCCUCUGCAACGGAUUCAAACAUCUCCUGAGUCAUGGGGACGUAGCCCUUAUUGUCCUCGAGGAAAAACAAAUGAUCUUUGAUGAUGCUGGGAUUGAAGCCCUCCUCAGCCAGCUUCACCUUUAUUUGCUUGAACGUACCAGUCACCGGCAGUGCAUCCUGCGGAGGAUUGCACAAAAAUAAAUGAUUGAAAAAACAUUUUUGUGCAAGUUAUUUUAAUAUAAGCUCAUCAGGAUGCUGUUUACCUGGAUGCGAAUAAAGCGUGGUCUUGCGUAGCUGGGA